GUUCCACCGCUAUUCCUUUUUACCAAAAGGAUGGCACUGCAAUUCAUGAGGUGGAUCAGGCAUUGCUGGAAAGUAACGAGGUUCUUAUGGAGCUCAAAAUUAAUUUGCCCAAUGCCCAAUCAAGUAUGAAGCAACAAGUUGAUGCCGGUCGAAGGGACGAGAAUUUUGAAGUAGGCAACAAAGUGUUCUUGCGCCUCCACCCGUAUCGCCAACAUUCAGUCUAUCGUCGUGCCUCCCAGAAAUUGGAGGCCCGAUUCCAUGGGCCAUACCUCAUCACCGAGCACGUCGGACCAGUCGCCUAUCGCUUAGGCCUUCCAACCGGCUCUCGAGUGCACCGGGUCUUCCAUGUUUCCUUGCUCCGCCGCUGCUCUACGGUGGAGACUCCAUUAAACUCUACCAUCCCUCCCAUUGUAGAUGAUGGUGCCCUUGAAAUCCUUUCUGAGACAAUCCUUGACACCCGCUGGGUCCGUCAAGGCAACAGGGUCAUUGAAGAGUCCCUGGUGAAGUGUCGUGCUCUGCCUUCCGAGGAUGCCACAUAGGAGCUGACCUCCAACUUGUUUGAGCGAUUCGAUGAUUUUAGCCUUGAGGACAAGGCCAUACUUCCAGGGGCGGGCAAUGAUGAGCCCAUGAAGGCUCGUGAGAGGAAGAAACCAAGGGAGCCCAACCAUGCAGACCAUGCAACGAAAGAUGGGCCACCAUGUGGCUGAAGGGAGGAAAGCUCAUCUAUGAGGAACCACUGCUGCUUACGUCGGAAUUUGUUAUUUGUUUUGAUAUCAUUUGUAUUUGAUUGUUGCUGGUACAAUUUGAUUUGUUUUCAUAUAAGUUAGGUGUAGGGAGAUUAUUUCUCCAGAUCGUAUGAGAUUUGGGAUGAUCUUAUGUGAAUCCCAAUCUUUCCUUUGGUUUUAUAGCACUCUAUAUAAGGAGGCUGAAUUGGAAUAAGAAAGCAGCAAAGAUUCGACGAAAAAGAAAAGAGCCAAAGCUGGCUAGCAAUCACCGCAAAUCCAAUCAAAUAACCCCUUUGAUUUUACACUUCCAACAGAGGUCGACAAUGUCGUGGGUAUAAUAGUGUUGUGAGUUAACAACAUCGCGUACCCAAUCAAUGACAUCGUAAGAUAAAACGAUGGUGUUUUUUUAUCAAUAGCGUAAGAGUUGCAAUCCUAGCAACAUAGUUGGAAGGACAUCGUUAUACCAACGUUGUUGACGGAGGUAUGAUCAACAUCGCAAGUUCGUAAAGACAACAUCAUCUUUGCAACUUUGUUGCACGUAAGAUUCACGUCAUGAGGAGGAGAUCGAGGCAUUUGAGACACGUGGGAGUUCACGACGGCGCAGUUGAGGAGGCAGUUUCACGGAGGGGUGAUUUUGUGAAGGCUACACAUAUGGUUUCAGAUAAAAUCACCGGAGCUAGUAGAGAGAAAAGGGAAAACCAAAUCAACACAGAAACACAUCUGUCAAACUUUACUUUUUUUCCUACAACUCCCUCGCGGAGCUAUCCUUCCAGGAAGAAUCUCCAUAUUCGUAGUCAUAGCGUAGUCGCGGAGCUCUCUACAGGAAUCUGUAUAGGAGUAGAUCUAACAUAGAUUCCCUAAAAAACUCAAACCACCUCUUUCGAACAUUGUUCAUAGAGGUGAACCGAGUAACAAUCAUCUUGGUUUUCAGACGUAAGAGGUGCAUCGAUCAAAUCAACACCGUCGGUGGAUAUUUGCCUGUCGUCUUGAUUUCAGCUGUCAGUGAUGCAUCCAAUCAAACGGCACCACAAAAGUUUCUACCGCGAAACAAACAAAUCGACAUUGACCGAAACUAUUUGGCACACCCAACGAUAAAUAUUUGAUUUCGCG